AUCGGUGCCGGUGUGCAAGCGUUGUUCACAUAUUAUAAAGAGUAGAACAUAAGAUAAUUAAUUUAAGAUAAUUAAUUAAAUAGAAUGGGUGAUAAACUAUUAGACACUACACAAAUUAUAAAUGGCUUGGCUGUGAUGAUAUCAUUUUUCGUCGGUUACAAAUAUGCCCUAAAACGUGGGGAAGCGUGCGCUAAAAUUGACGACACUCCGUCAACAGAGACGCAGGAGGGAGGCGCAGCUGCCGCAAUAGCUGACAAGACCUAUGGCGGCUUUAACGACAACUAUAAAAUGGUACUGGUCGUGCGCAACGACCUGAAGAUGGGCAAGGGAAAGAUUGCCUCCCAGUGCUCCCAUGGAGCCGUUGGGGCAUACCAAAGGGCUACGACCCGUACGCCACGCCUGCUGCGUGCCUGGGAAAACUGUGGUUGUGCCAAGAUUGCAGUUCGCGUCGAGAGCGAAGCCGAACUGAUGGCCAUCAAGCGGGCCGCGGAGCAGAGACAACUGAACACAUGCCUUAUACGCGAUGCUGGACGCACACAAAUCGAGCCCAAUUCAAAGACUGUGCUGGCCGUCGGUCCCGCUGCGGCAGUUGACAUCGAUCGGGUGACCGGCCAUUUGAAGCUAUUGUAAUCCAAUACCCAAUGCUUU